AUGCAGACUGCUUCUAAAAACAUUUGUGAAAGAAUUAAUCGCUCUCAGGAGCUCAGUGAAUUCAAGCGUGGUACCGGGAUAGGUUGCCACCUGUGCAAUAAGUCCAUCCGUGAAAUGUCCUUGCUACUAAAUAUUCCACGGUCAACUGAUAGUGGUAUUAUAACAAAGUGAAAGCAACUGGGAACAACAACAACUCAGCCACGAAGACGAGGUCAGUGCAUGCGGAUGCGCACAAUGCGCAGAAGUAGCCAACUGUCUACAGAAUAAAUAGCUAAAGACCUCCAAACUUUAUGUGGCCUUCAGAUUAGCACAACAGCAGUGCGUAGAGAGCUUCAUGGAAUGGGUUUUCUACAGCUAA